GUCAUACAAAGUAGGUGCUUAAAGAUGUUGUAUAAUUUGGUUGUGGAUGGUGAAGAAACCAAAGUGACCAUCAACAAAGAAAAUUUGAGGUUUGAAUCAAAUGGCAAUGUAGAUAUCAGUUACCGAUUCGAUGAUGUCAUAGGAUGUGAAGAGGAAAUCACGGGAUGGUUUUGGAGAACGGAAGUGACGCGGGUGUGGCUAAUCGAACAUGGAUCUUCCAACGCAUUAGUGAAGCAAUCGAGGGUUGUGUCUGGGGACCAAAGAAAACGUUUCCAAUACGAUUUAUCAGAGAAGAUAGCGAAAGAAACAAAGCGUCCCAAAAGAGUGGUGGUGAUGAUCAACCCUAAUGGAGGUGAUCGCGCUGGCAGGAAGGAUUUCAGGGAUAUAGUUGAGCCGGUGUUCAGACUUUCAGGGAUGUCCAUGGAUAUAAUCUUCUCUAAGCAUCCUAGACAUUUGAUUGCUGUUACUAAAAAUUAUGACUUUACACACACUGAUGGGAUCGUACUACUUGGAGGUGACGGGACAUACCAUGAAGUACUCAAUGUAUUGAUGAGAAAGAGACAGGAGGAACAAGGCGUGGAUAUUAACGACCCAAAUGCAGCAUUAUCUCCCUUGAACAUACCAUUAGGUUUAAUACCAUCCGGAUCAAGAUGUCAUUGGUCAGGAAAUCACACGGGGUCUCAUGAUGUGUUGACGGCUGCUCUGAACAUCAUUCAAGGUAGAACGGUGUCAUCUCCCCUUUUGGCUGUAUACAACGGUGAUAAACUUCUGGGCUUUGGAUGUGUAGGAUUGUUCCACGGAUUCAUUACGGAUCUUGCCGUUCGGUGUGAUAGGAGUUUCCGCUGGCUAGGACGAUCCCGAUACAAACAUGUCUCCUCGUGGGUGCUCAGGUUUGAAACUCUUACAAAAUACAUUUACGAUGCCAAAGUCACCUUCCACACAUCAGUCACCGAGCGACGUAACGCUGAGACCAAUGAGACAGAGAUCUUUGUUGCUGAUAGAAAACUCACUGGAUACACUUCUUAUACUUCUGAUACAGUUGUCUAUAACCGGAAGUUCUGGGAUAUGAUGUUCCUUAGUGGCCAUGGCAUCUAUGAUGGGAAGGUCUUUGUAGACGCCUCCAGAAUGUUUGUCCCCAAACCAACGAUGUUUUCUACUUUCAUGGUUUUCGAUACGAUUCCACGCGCAUCUGUGCGACAGUUUUUCAAACACGUUUUUGAAACGACUUGUAUGGAUGAAUUAAGCAAUGUGAUGGAUGUUUUACACGUCCAAGGAGUCACUAUGGAACUAACAGAAAUUCUAGAUGAUACAAAAGAUGAUGUGUCAAUGACAAAGAGAAUAACAGUGUUAGAUGGGGAGACAUAUGAAUUGGAAUCUCCAACUCUUCAAAUAUGGUACAAACUGGACGCCGUGCAGAUCUUCUCAAGUUACCUUUAAACUGGCACUCAUAUGCCUUCAUAGUUUUCUUGCUUGAAUAAACUUAAAACUUUUAAGUAUCA